CCGGAAGCGGCGGGGCGGAAGUGACGACGCGCGCUGGCGGCGCUUCCUGUUUGCGGCCGCUGCCGUUUGUCCCGGCGGGAGGGAAGCGGCGGGAGCGGCGGCCGCGCUGAGCAGACACCGGCGGGACUGGAAAGACUCAGCUGUUGUUACCACAAGAACUCCUGAAACAUGGUGGAUUAUUAUGAAGUUCUGGGAGUGCAGAAGCAUGCCUCAGCAGAGGAUAUCAAAAAAGCGUACCGUAAGUUGGCACUGAAAUGGCACCCUGAUAAAAACCCAGACAAUAAGGAUGAGGCAGAACGGCAGUUUAAGCAAGUAGCUGAGGCCUACGAAGUCUUGUCAGAUGCUAAAAAACGUGACAUCUAUGACAGAUAUGGAAAAGAAGGCCUAAUAAAUGGAGGUGGAGGUGGCAAUCAUCAUGAUAGUCCAUUUGAUUUUGGAUUUACAUUCCGCAACCCAGAUGAUGUCUUCAGGGAGUUUUUUGGUGGAAGGGACCCCUUUUCAUUUGACUUCUUUGAAGACCCUUUUGAGGACUUCUUCGGUGGCAGGCGGGGUCAAAGGGGAAACAGAAGCAGAGGUGGGGGUGGAUCAUUUUUCUCUGCCUUUGGUGGAUUCCCUGCUUUUGGAAGUGCUUUCUCUCCAUUUGACACAGGUUUUACUUCGUCGUUUGGCUCCCUGGGACAUGGAGGCCUUACUUCAUCAUUCUCCUCUACGUCAUUUGGUGGCAGUGGAAUGGGAAACUUCAAAUCAGUAUCAACCUCUACUAAAAUAGUUAAUGGCAGAAAAAUUACUACAAAGAGGAUUGUUGAGAAUGGACAUGAGAGAGUAGAAGUUGAAGAAGAUGGCCAGUUAAGGUCGCUAACAAUAAAUGGGGAGGCAGAUGAAGAAGCCUUUGCCGAGGAGUGCAGACGGAGAGGACAACACGCGCUGCCCUCCCAGCCCAGCAACCUGCGCCUGCUGAAGCCCCACAAGCCUGGCAGUUCGCCCCGCUUUGCACAUUACAGUAGUGAUGAGCUGGAAGAGCAGGACAAGAGCCGCGUUAUGAGCAGCUUCGAGACCCCUAUUUAUUUAUCAGGUGUGCACAAGCAUGUUGGUGAAAAAGGUGCAGAGAAGGACCCAUCACAUAGUCAAAAGCCAAACGCAAAAAGCCACGCAAGAAGUUGGUGCUGUGUGUUGACUUAAUGUUAGUGCCCUGGUAGAUAAUAAACAGCAGCUUGUUUGCCUUCAUCCUGCUUUAGCUCUGAUCUUCCAUUUAGCCUAGAUUCACUAACGCCCUGAGAUAUUUAAGGAUCCAGGGCAAAUACUGUUGUGCUGCUGAAGUGCCUGUGCUAUUUGUUGUUAAAAGUGAAGGCAUUUUAGAGGUUAACUCAUCACAGUACUUUGCACAUUCAUUUACUUAAAUUGUGCUUGGCUUCCUUGUCUAAGGAGAAGUUCAGCAAGUUGAUACUAUUUCUGGAAGCUGCAGUUUUAGUCAACUAGAUCCUAAUAGAGGAGGAGAACGUUCAGGCAAACGUGGCAACGUGGCAAUUGUCCGGGUUAUUUUUGGAAGUAAUUAGUCCUUUGAUAUAUUUCCAGUCUGUAAUUUUUUGGCAAUGUAGUCCAGAGGCUAUCUUGGACAAUGAAGUCCUCGUAAUUACUUGAUUUAAUUGGAACCUGUGGUCAGAGAUCAUCCAGGACUGCAAGGACAGGUUUUUACGUGAAAGAUGCCUUUCUACUUGGAUGCCCAAAGCAAGGACCCUUUUCAUUAGUGUGAAAUCAGGGGAAGUGCUGGGAAGUGUGAGCCUAUGAGGCUUCUCAGAGUAAACACAGCACAUGAAAAAUAUGCACUGUAUCCCAAAACAGGUGCUCAGGUACUCCCAGUGCUAUACCAACUUCCAAUGUGUUUAUGAGCCUUUAAACCCAACAAUGUCUUUUGGAUGGAAGACCUAAGGAUAUUAUGAUAGACGGCACAUUGAAAAAAUAGAAUAAUUUAGAUUAAUAUCUUCCUGACAAGUUGCUGUUUGUGUCUUUAAAGAUGACCAAGUUGAAUCUUUUCUUUUUUUAAAAAAGAAGAAAGUUACAGAGGCCUGAGUGUAACCUCUGGGCUAAUGUCCUGAAGCCUCCCAUGCCAGGGCUACAGGUUUGGUCUCCUGUGUCUGUGGCUGGCAAAACAAAACCUUGGCUCUGCCUUUGGGCACACAAGGGCCUCUACAAUCACAAUAUUUUGCAAUGGAUUCCAAGGAGCAGCUGAGUUUGACACGCACUGUGCAAUUUUUGGAGUAAUUUUUAAAAUUGCUUAGGUCUUUCUGCUGUGAAUUUAUUUAUGCUCCAAGACGCACAAGUUUGCAAUUAAAAUUAAUUUCCAGAAGUAUUAGUGCAAUCACAAAUGCUCUCUUCUACCAGUAGAUUGUGAGUUGCCAAAACAGACUCAGGGUGAAAACUUGAUUGCAGUAAGACUGAGAUUUUACUGUUGCUUUAAAUAUUUUGCCUGCUGUUCCUCUGAUGGACAGGGCUGCUGAAGGACUGGUCGAGUCAGUCAUAAAAACCUACGUGAGUGUCUUAAUCCCUCCCUGGGGAGUGUGUGCACGAGCCCUGGCCAGAAAUGCCAUUUCCCUUCAUGGGUGUUCACCUCUGCUGAGUGCCUUGCCCAGCCAGCAGCUUCACCAGCACAGCUCUGUGAUUCCAGAGCGCGCUCGGCUCGCUUGGCUUCUCACCGAUCACUGCCGUGCUUACACGGGCCGGCGUCGGGAGAGAACGGCAUCCUUUCUGCCUUGCUCCAAAGCCCUCUCAGCUCACUGGGAAACAGCUGAGUUCAAUGGCCUCAAUCCAGGUGCAGUUCCACCUUGAAUCAGUUGUUUUUGCCACCACCAGUGUGGGGUUCUUGACAGCAGGGCCAUGCAGCAGUUUUAGAUGUUGUCCCAGUUGGAGCAUCUCAAGCGAACCCUCAGUCAUUGAUGAUUCACCUGCAGUGAAGUGGUUUUCUUUUCCCAGCUCUAGGAAUGGGACUGUUUGAGUUUUGAUUUUUAAGUCUGUAGGAAAUUUAAAUGAAGGAGAAGGGGAUAGGUUUAAUCUUGACUAUGUGGUGGGAAUCCCUCUGGAAGUGGCAUCUCUCUAGUGCCCAAGAGGAAAGGCUGGCCAACUCCUUUAGACUGGCAAUAUCCAGAGGUGAGAUGAAUCCUCUACUUAGAAGGAUUGCCAGUUAUCACAGUGGGUAUUUAACUAAAAAAUUGAGAGUUUAAUUUAAUUCUCCAUCUACCAUGGACGCUUUGUGUUUUAGUAGAAAUUGCUCUGGAAACUGUUCUUGGUUCCAUAAUGGCCUUUUAGAAUAAAACUUCACCUCUUGUGCUCUGAAGUUGCUGCAUAUAUCAAACAGUUCUCUAGCUCCAAAAAGGAAUUUUUGAAAUAAGAAUUCAGACACUGCAAUUGAUGUGCUCCUUGAUAGUGUGAUAUACAGCUGACUGUGCAAAGUGGUGCUAAUGCCAGCAGAGACCUGGGGAUGGCAGCUGUUAAUGCCAGAGGUAGUGAUAACUACCCCUUAAAAACUACUGCUUUAGAUUUGAGAGUUUUCGCCUUCAUCCAGCAAGAAUGAUUGAAAUGUUUAAUUGUUCAAAUAGCAAAAAAAAUAUGAUACAAAUUUCAUUGUUUGGAAGAUAAUAUUGCAAGGUUUGCUCUUCCUUUUCAAAGAAAUAGCUUGCAUUAACCUACAACUUACAACAUUAAUAAUUCAUUUUUUGCUGCAUUUUCAUCUGCUGGCAUCUGUGAAGAGGAAACCACUCUAAAAGAACUAGCUUAACUAAUCUUGAUCCUUUCCUGGCAUGGUUUCCUCUGCUGGAAAGUUGAGCUGUUUGUAGUUCAUUUCAUCUUUAAUUCAGUCUCUGUUUCUUUUACCAAUGUGCAGUUUCCUGAAUUACACUUUACUAACUAGUAACAGUGAUGUGCUUUGUUAUCCAAACUAAUUACUUUAUUAUUCCAUCACAAACUUCCUUUUGGGCAUGUAUUGGAAAGAGAAAGGAAAGCAAAGCCACUGAUUUUUGUGGAAGUCUAACACAUGAGGAGGGGCAGAGAUGGAGUUUUCCCUCCCUUUGCCCCACAUCCCCUGGCUGUAACUGUGCAAGUGGGAUGGGAUAACAGCUGUACCCGUGUGGAGCAGGGCUGGGAAGGCUGGCUGGUGGAUUUAGAGUCUGGCUGGUGGAUUUGGAGCCUGGCUGGUGGAUUUAGAGUCUGGCUGGUGGAUUUGGAGCCUGGCUGGUUGAUUUGGAGCCUGGCUGGUGGAUUUGGAGACUGCCUGGCUGCCCCCAUGUUUAGCCCAGAGCUGCCUUCACUCAUGGUGUUUUGGCUGCUGGUGCAAAAUCAUCUUGUUAUCCAUGCAUUAUCUUGUUACCCAUCAAAGGCAGCUGGGCUGUGUGUGGAAAGGCUUCCAUGGCUGCAGAGCCUUGCAAGCUUUUGCUCGCCAUUUGGGAGUAAAACCUUGGAAAUCCAUUCAGUGCCGGUGUUACCCUAAUUAACAGGAGGCAAACAGGUGGUGUCUGGCUUGGUUUGUUCUUGUGGCAGUUCUAGGCAGAAUUGGUAAAGAAAAUGGUGUGGUGAGCAAGCAGGAAGAGGAAGGCCCCUGCAAGCUGCUAAAGCUUUUCAGUCCCCUAAAACAUCAAAGCUGGGAUUACAUCACCAGGUUGGCCAGUGAAACUGGAGAACUCAGCCCUUGGAUUUGACAGUGUGGAUAAUUGAAUAGUGGAGCAGCAUACCUAGACAGGGUGGGAUGUUUUGUCACCCCAGGCCUUGACUGAAGGCUCCCUCUCCAGGAUGCUCCGUGGCACAGGCAGGAGCUGUGGGUGAGGAGAGGAAUUAGUAGGUGAGGUUGUGCUGUGUGCUGGGCAGUGGCUCAGGCUGAGGGGAGGGGAUGUGAAAGUGCAAAGUUGUAAUUGCAAAUUGAGUCACACAUGAAAUUAUACUUAAGCUGUGAUCUGGGGUGAAUUUUUACAAUGGCCUGUGUGAGUGUGGUCAGUAUAAAAUAACAGAGGGUGGCUGCAAUUCAGAAGUAAGCCAGCUGCCUUUGAAAUAGCAGUUUAUUGUUUUGACUAGAGAGAGAUUUCUAAGAUCAGAAAAUUAGAAAGAGCACUACAAGAACCCAGCUUGAAAGUGCCUCACUGCCCUUUUAAAGCUCUGUGGGUGUUGAGGCCUUAGCUGCUUCCAUGCUUUGAAAGGAGGCCACAAUCUUUGCAAAAAGUUGGUAGAUCUUGGAGAACAUUUUCUUUGGAACUUAAGCAGAAAUUGUGAAUCUCUCCCAACCCCAGCCUCAAUGUUUCACUCUGAAAUUGGAAGGAGGCUCCUCCAAAGUCUUCACCCUGGCAAAUCCUCUAUAAAAAUCGUGCCUUUAUUGCUCACUGGUGUGGGUCAAGCAGCAGCAAUGCUGGGUGUUGAUUGUCAGCUGUGACUGAACACCUUGUUUCCUUCUGCUCACUCCUCCGCUGCUCUGUGCUGGCACAAGGAAGGUGGGGCAGACCCGUGGCCACUCUGUGCAUCCUGGUAGGGCAGGCAGAUGUCGGGCAGGGCAGGAAGAAGCAGGAUGCCAGAAAUGCACUGGGUAGGAGUGUCUUCCCCAGGACAUUUGGGCUGCCCAAUGUGUUCGCCUCCCUUGCAGCUGCCACCCAGGAAUGUGAUGAGUUUCACAGCCAGUGACUGAACAAACUCGUGACUUUGGGAGGUGCAGAUGGCAGUGAAGUAGAAAGCCAGAAGGAAAGUCAAUCUGGGACACAGCAGAGAAGCUUCCCAGUUUGUUUGGGUCCUUGUUGAGUGGUGGUUGAAGGAGUUGCACCUAAGUGUUUCUGGAAGUUGUUUUCAGCCUUCAGCAGCUUCAUGAAAGCUGGAAUAGCUCCUGAACGUGCUCCUUAUGGCUCUUCCUGAAGUAGAAGAGAAGGGGAUGACAUGGAAGGAGUGGGUUAGCUGAUGCUGUUUGUUUUAGACAAGAAUUAUCCAAGCAGUAAAGCAGGUGUAAUUCCAACUGGUGUGGAUUCUUGCUUCACCCAUCUCUGCCCCUGGCAGCUGACAAAAGCAAGAAAUCCCAACUUAGGGAGAUUUCUAUCUGCAUUUGAGUGACUCUGUUUUCCAAACGUCACAGCUUGGCGAAGCUCUUGGUGACCUGUUCUCCCUCUGCCCCGUGAGGCAUUUCUAGAGUUUGGGUGGCUAAAGAUUGCUGUUGAGGGUGGAAAUGUGAGCAGCCUUCUCCAAGGCCAGCACAGUUUGGCUGAAGCCAGGUCAGCCUGGCACUUACUAUGGGAAGUUUCUAUGGACACUUUGGGAUGCUGGCGACUCUCCAGGCUCACUGCAGAGUGAUCGGUCACGGGGUUGCUGCUUUCUAAUUCAGAUUUUAUUGCCUCAUGACUUUGGGGCUAGUCUUGUAACCAAGGCAGCUAAAUAUACUUUUAAUUAGUGCUGGUUGAAGUAUUGGAGUGAAAUAGGCAUUGAAGGGUUACAUCUUUAGUGUGCAAUUCUUAUUUAUCUUAGGAGCUGCUUCACUUGUUUGGAUCAGGGUUUUGGCUGUUAUCACCCAGCAUCGCUGGAGCAACAGACUGGCAAAGUUUGACCUAUCCUUUCUUCUUAGGUGGGGGUAGAAAAGGAAAUGGCAGACAGUGAAAUUAUUUAUCACAGCAGGCUCAAAACAGAAAAGACCUGGCAGUUUUCUCUUGAGGAAUACUCUGUGUUUGUGUGUUAUCUCCUACUUUGGGCAAUCUCUUUCUGUGUGUCAGUGAUAACGCUUGAAAGAUUUCCACUUUUCAGCCUUAUCAAACCAGAGGCUGGUAGGAGGCCAUGUUGUCAAAUGCCUAAAUAUCUUCAUACCACAAUAUUUUAACAUUUGAGUUGUUUCAUUUAUAAGACAAUAAAUUAUGUGGCAUUCACUUCAAGUCAUAAUUUACAUUGACUCAGUAUUUUUAAGAAACAGUUGCUAGAAUUGCUUUCAAAAUCUCAAGCAUUUGAAGAAAAUGGGAAAAAGUAUUAUGAUAUAAAACAGCAGCAUCAAAUGCUAUCAUGCCUGGAUGUGGAAAUCUUUUAGAAAUACUGACACUGUUUUCAGAAUGAAAAAUGCAAAAAAUUAUGAAGCUAGUACCUGCUAGGGUUUAAUGAUCCUUUCCCAAAUAUCUGUGUGAUUGUUUCAUAGUUAUUAUGUGAGCUAGUUCUGAUCAACUGAUAUGAUGCUGGUUUUCCUUCCAGUAAAGGGAGGAAUCCUCUGAAUAACACCCCCAGAUGACUGAUUCUCAGGAAUCAGGACAUCUUUUCCUCCUCCUUUGUGGGAAAGCAGGGAAAUGCUUGAGUCCCUCAGGGAUGGGUUCCUUACUCAGUGAAUUGAAUGCAAAAGAAUCCUAUUUUUGGUGAUGUGCAGGUGACCAAGGGGCUGAUGUGGAAGGAAACUUCCUGGAUGGAGUUCCUGGUGAGGAGAUGUUCACACAGUGAACAGGGACAGGAGUUUAGCUCAGGAGGUGACAGAGUGCAGGGAAAACCCAGUGUCAUCUGCAAUUCUGCUAAGCACCACCAGUUUCUCUCUUCCUUAAACAAGAAAACUGGUUUCCACUCUAACUUUGUGCAGGCUGAUCGCUCAUGGCACAAUUUCUAAAUAAAUAUCCUGCCCCUUGACUCAGGUAAUUACUAAAGAUGAAGUCAUGCUGUGGGUGCAGCACAGGAGCUAGAGUGAUAACCUAGAACAGUUUCCCAUUGCUGCAAUGAAUGUAUUUCCUCUAAGCUUUUGGUAAUGUCUCAAAUGGUUUUAGCCAAAAGUCUUAGCUUGUGCUUCUCCCCAAGUCUUAAACUUAAACUGAAGAACUUCAGCUCUGCUGUGGGCACAUCUCUAACUGUGCUUGGGAGGAGCUCUGCUGAGGAGCAAACUGCAGCCACAGUGUGGCUUUGUACUCCCCCGGCCUCCCACCACUUCCUUUUCCUGUCUUAAUUUUGCUAUUGAAAAAUUGAUGAAGAACCAGGUGCACUGGUGAAACUGCUCCCUUGGGGCCAUCUCUGCCUGCCUGCUGACAGGACAGAGGAAAAAAAAAGAGAUUUCCAUAGAGGCAGAGCUGUGCCUUUCCACAGAGCCAUUCCUCUGACUCCCAGCCCUGCCUCUCAGCUGGAUUGCAGGGGCUGCUCUGCUCUGUGCCUGCCCUGGCCACUGGACUGUGCUGAUUUCCAGUGACAGAGCACCACUGAGCUGAAAGAUCCCUCCAGCUGCCUCAAAACAUCACAGAGUGAUUGUCUGAGGGAAAUGUUUACUGGCUCUCAGUUUAGAUUUAUGAGUGCGCCCAGGUAGAUGUGGUGGCUCACACAGUUCACUGCCCGUGCAAGUCUGCCAGCAAGUUGAUUUUACUGCAAGUUUGGAGGAAAAGGUGUGAUGCUGAGCACAGACCUGUUUUACACACAUCUCUGUGGGGGUAAUAAACCAUUGGAAUGAUGAUCACAUGGCUGGAAGCUUGUGCCUACUGAACCUGUAGCAAAUAAUUGUUGCUUGAACUCAAUGCUUUCAUGCACCAUUGGGGCUGCAGUUGAAUAUAACCUGUGGUGCAUAGUUAAGCAUGAGCAGGCUGAUGACCAGCAUAUAAAAUAUAUAUUGGUAAACACUGAGCACCUUCUUAUUUACUCAGGAUUCUUGGCAUUCCCUAGUCUUAAAAUGGAAAUGCAAAUAUAGUGGUAACUCUGACUAUUGUGAGCAGGAAAUGCCAGUACUUAAAUUGCUCCUGCUGCAUAAGUCUUAUUUAUUGCUUCCUUUUUGAAAAUUAUUCUGGUUUUGCAUGUGCUCUAAUUUUGAAGCUUUUCCUGAAUGGCUUUGAAGUAUUUUGAAAGUUCUCCAGAUCUUUUAAAACUUCAAAGAUUGGUAGUAUUUUCUUUCUAUCCUAUGUAAGGGAUACAGUAGAAUGGGGGAUAUAGUGGAAAUGGCAAUUUAAAAAAAAAAACAAAAA